ACCCAGAUGCCCCACAAUUUCCUCACUUGUAAACCAUGAAUAAUUAUACAAUAGUAGUCCUAGUCAUAGUUAUAGAGGUUUAGGAUUUUUGAAGCCCCAUAAUAGAACCAUUAGCUAUUAAGGAACUUGAGACCUUAUGGAGGAAGUUGGAACAGAAAUGAAGUCAGAAAUAGAUUUAUGAAUGUCUUUAUAAAACUUUUUACAUCUAUUGAAAUACUAGAGACCACACACACAAAUACACACAUGUAUUAAGUUAGUAGUAUGAAUUAUAUUAAUUUCUAUUUACUAUCCCUGACUUGCCAGAACUUCCAGACUAUUUCGUGAGAAGUUGGAACAGUCUUAUUAUAAAUUUGUUUUGUUUUUUUUCACAGAUAAUACAUAUUCCAAGAAGCACAAUUUUUCCUAUAUCUGGUCUUCACCCAAACGUACACCUUCUUUCUAAGACUUUCCAAAUAUCAGCCAUUUCCUGGGUAAUCCCCAACUUUUCCAGUGCCUCUGAGCUUUCAAGACAGAGUAACUUGUAUAUUUGAUAUGGAAGAAACUUUGGAUGACACUGUUUAACAUCCUCGGCUGUUGUCAGACGCCUUCUCUGGUGUCUAAGGUUUUAUACUCUUAGCUCCUACAACAAUGUUAAUUCCUCUUCGUUGAGUCUACUAGAAUGUAUUUCUGAGGCCUUGAUCUACUCUCUCCCUCAUCCUUUCUGUCUCUAGAGGUAGAACUGUAAAAUCUCCUGUUCCUUUACCAUCUGUUUCACCUCCCUCUUCUUAAUUCUUCUUUGUUCUGAUUAUCUUCAGUAGAAUUCUUUGCAAUUUACAUAUCCUGAGACUGAAACUCUCAAAGUAGUUUAUAAGAUAUCUAGAAGCAAAUUUUCCAUAUAUGUAUUUAUUUGUCUUUCCCUUUUCUUACAAGGGAACUCUCACAGGGUGAAUUCUCUUUAAAUGGAAAUAGUAAUAUCAUGGAAACUAAUAGUAUACAGUUAUUUCAGUAGUUGACAAAGAAGCAUAUGUGUGAUAUUUAGUGUUUAUGCUGUUGAAUCUUUAGGGAAAAAAUAGGCUAGGCAUGACUGUAAAGACAGAAGAAAUCAGUGAAAACAGUGCAGGAGGAUGUAUAGGAUUGUCACUAUGAAAAAACUAAAAAAACAUCCUCAGAGGUGGACAUACCACAGUGCACUCCCAAAAGCUCAAUUACAAGGGUGACUACCUGUUGGCUUUCUUCUCUCUUGCUCAGCUAUUCCAGGAGGAAAUCCAAAUCAGUCUUAAAUGCCAGAGAAUUCCUCUUAAAUAUUAGGAAGUGUUCUGGUGGAACUUUUCAUUGAAAGUCUUGUUCUUGUAACCUGAAUGAGUGUGGGAUGUUUCUACUCAAAUUUCCAAAUAGUAGUAUGUACCAUUGUAGGAUGACUAUUAAUACUUCUUCACUGGUUAAAGGUAUUGAAUAUAUGUAAAGGAUCCAGUAUAGUACAGUGCCUGGCAUAUAAAAUGUUUUUUCUAAAGUAUCAGUUCCCUUCCUCUUUAUUUAAGCAAAUUUACUUCUUUUUCUCCCAGGAUUUGGAUGUAGCUUUGCCCAUUAUGGAGAAUUACAAGGAUCGAUUAUUGGCAAUUGGAGAGGUGGGACUAGAUUUCUCCCCCAGAUUUGCUGGCACUGAUGAACAGAAGGAAGAGCAGCGACAAGUCCUAAUCCGACAGGUCCAAUUAGCCAAAAGAUUAAAUUUGCCUCUAAAUGUUCACUCACGCUCAGCUGGAAGACCCACCAUCAGCCUCUUAAGUGAGCAAGGUGCUGACAAAGUGCUUCUGCAUGCAUUUGAUGGCCGGCCAUCUGUAGCCAUGGAAGGAGUAAGAGCUGGGUACUUCUUCUCAAUUCCUCCUUCUAUCAUAAGAAGUGGACAGAAGCAGAAACUUGUGAAACAGUUGCCUUUAACUUCAAUUUGCUUAGAAACAGAUUCACCUGCACUAGGACCAGAAAAACAGGUACGAAAUGAACCCCAAAACAUUUCCAUUUCAGCAGAAUACAUUGCCCAGGUGAAGGGGAUCUCAGUAGAAGAAGUUAUAGAAGUGACAACACAGAAUGCAUUGAAACUAUUCCCCAAGCUUCGGCAGCUGCUCCAGAAGUAGCUUCAAAACCAAAUCUGCUGCAGGGAGCAGCAUCUGAGAGAAAGAAAUGUUCCCAUUAAAACUGAGGGUUGAU